AUGUGCAAGUUUCCUUCAACUCUGUUGUGGUCCUAUAUUGCUAAGCCCAUCACAGAAUAUGCACAGAGUGAGAACGAGAGGAAGAACGGCAGUAACUUAAUACAGUGCGAGAUACUGAGUGUGCGCAGGAAGAGCGGCGCAGCGAUGCAGCUGCGCGCGGACAGCGACAACGGCAGCAUGCUGCGCGAGCUGGAGUGCCUGCUGGGUGGCGCCGGCGCUGGAGACGCGGCCGUAGACGGGCCGCGGUGUGCGCGCUCCUGGGACCGCCUGCUCUGCUGGCCGGACACCGAGCCGGCCACGCUCGCCACCCAGCCCUGCUUCUCCGAGCUCAACGGCAUCCCCUACGACACCACCCAGAACGCGUCGCGGUGGUGCCACGCGAACGGCACGUGGUCCAGCUACAGCAACUACUCGCUGUGCCGCGACCUCAGCCCGCUGGCGGCCGACGAGCCCGGAGUCGAGGUGACGACGACGCUCUACUUCAGCGGCUACGCCCUCUCGCUGGCAGCGCUCGCCGUCGCCGUCGCCGUCUUCCUGCACUUCAAGGAGCUGAGGUGUUUACGAAAUACCAUCCACACGAACCUCAUGUGCACCUACAUUCUAGCGGACUUCAUGUGGAUACUCACAACCACGCUGCAGAUCGCUGUGCAGACAGAUGCCACAUCAUGCGUCGCGCUCAUCUUGCUGCUCCACUAUUUCCAUCUCACCAACUUCUUCUGGAUGUUCGUGGAGGGCCUCUACCUAUACAUCCUCGUGGUGGAGACUUUCACCGUGAAGAACAUUGAGCUUAGUGCCUACGUGGCCAUCGGAUGGGGCUGCCCUGCUCUCUUCGUGGCGAUGUGGGGUCUCGUGAAGACUUUCGCGCCAAGAGAAAGGGACACUCAGGUGCAGACGACGGAACCGCUCAUGCGGCAUUGCCCCUGGAUGAGCCCCGACAGCUACGACUGGCUGUUCCAGGCUCCAGCCAUCGCCGUACUGGCUCUCAACCUCAUCUUCCUAGUGAUGAUCAUGUGGGUGCUGAUAACGAAGCUGCGGUCUGCCAACACGGUGGAGACGCAGCAGUACCGGAAGGCCAGCAAGGCGCUGCUGGUGCUGAUCCCGCUGCUGGGCAUUACAUACAUCCUCAUGAUCGCAGGGCCCACCGAGGGCUUCUCCGCUGAGAUCUACGGCAACAUCCGCGCCGUGCUCCUGUCUACACAGGGCUUCACGGUGGCGCUGUUCUACUGCUUCCUGAACUCGGAGGUGCAGACGGCGGUGCGGCACCGGCUAGACAGCUGGCAGACGGCUCGCAGUCUCGGCGGCCCGGGAUCCGGCGCCCGCAGGCUCAGGAGGUCCAACAGCCGCGACGGCUCGCCCAGGUCCCGCACCGAGAGCAUACGGGUAGGCGAUGUGAUGCCGGCUGGAGGCCCCAGGGAGGUGUCGGACAGUCAGCUCUGAGGCAGCCGGCACUGUAGGCGCCAGCCUUCCACAACCUGCGCACGGGACAGACGUAAUGGAGCGCAGGCCAAGGGGGCCCCCGCCAUGCCAGCAGCGUGUGACCACACCUGCUGCCCACCGUACAUACAUAACAAACUUUAAGAGUACACUUGUCUCAUUGUGAUACAUGCUCCAAGAAGACUUCAUGAAGAGAACUGAUAGAAAGUAGUCUAAUCGACUGAUUCUGAAUAUAGUUCAACAGUAACGAACAGUUUACAACUAAGUGACUAUGACAGCCUCGUUAGCGAACAACCACUUGACAAUCUCAUUAGUCAACAAAAAGUCAUUCCGUCAU